UCUACUUGUCAAGUGUCAACCAUGAAAGGGGAAGUGCAAACGGCCGGUAGUUGAUAAGCUUGUAUCAGCGUUUACAGUGUGCAGACGAAUUCUGCCAAGACAGCGCGAUGUUUGAUGUAGUACUAAGUUUACAGGUGAUGUGUGUGCUUCUGUCUGCGACCACGGCGGUAGAAGUGUACACAAAUUCCGGACAUGUGAGGGGCCGUACAUAUUCAACGAAAAAUGGAAAACAGUACGCUGGUUUUCAUGGAAUACGUUAUGCCGCCCCACCGCUUGGCCAGUACAGGUUUAAGGAUCCACAGCUGCCAGAAUCUUGGACCGGAGUGAAAGAUACCAUUGAAGAUGGUGAACAAUGUUUACAGUGGAGUCUCAAAAUAGGAAGUGUCACUGGCAGUGAAGACUGUUUAUUCUUAAAUCUAUUUACUCCUCAGAUUUCAGUCCAGGAACAUGAAUCAAAGUUACCUGUUAUGGUGUGGAUACAUGGAGGAAGUUGGGCAUCAGGAGCAGGAACCUCAAAUUAUUAUGGUCCCGAAUUUCUGAUGGACCGUGGAGUAGUGUUUGUCAGUAUCAAUUAUCGCUUGGGACCAUUUGGUUUCUUCAGCACAGGAGACAGUGCAUCACCCGGAAAUUAUGGGCUAAAAGACCAAGUUGCAGCUUUAAAGUGGAUCCAGCAGAAUAUUGAAUACUUUGGUGGUGACAGUAACAGUGUUACGAUAUUUGGUCAAGGUGCUGGUGGUGCAAGCGUCCACUACCACAUGCUAUCAUCACUGAGUAAAGGUCUCUUUCAUGCUGCUAUUUCUCAGAGUGGCACUGCUUUAUGUCCAUGGGCCUCGUCUCGGGAACCCACACUGUAUGCCAAUAAACUGGGGUCCUUGGUUGGCUGCUCUAGGACGUCAGCUGCUGAACUUGUGCAGUGUCUUAGAAAAAAAGAAGGGAGAAUUAUUAUUGAAGCCGAUAGACAGUUUCUGGAAUGGGGUGAUGAAGGCGGCACAGCUUUUAAACCAGUUGUAGAAAUGGAGUCAAAUGGUGCAUUUCUAUGUGAAGAUCCUCUUGAAACACUGCAAGAAAGAAAUAUAGAGAUCUCUAUACCUUGGAUUGUGGGAAUUACAUCUCAUGAAGGAGGUAACAAAGCUGAAGCUAUUUUUAAAAAUGUGGAUCUCUUGAAUGAUAUCACCAAAGACUUUGGGAAAGUAGCACCACUUUCCUUGCAUUAUGGACAUAGUUCAGUACAUGCAGAAUAUGUUACGGAGAAACUCAAGGCAUAUUACUUUGGGAAGCUCCCAGUUUCCAGUGUUUCAGUUUCUGCCUUAGCUGAUAUGUACACUGAUGGAUUAUUUCUGUGGAAUGUGGAUGAAACAGUGAGACUCCACUCACUCAUUAAUUCUGAACCAAUCUACUACUAUGUUUUCUCAUAUAGAGGAACCAGAAGCUUUUGUGGUAACCCAGAAAAAGAUUCACUAGAUUUUGGUGCUUGUCAUGGUGAUGAGCUUCAAUAUAUAUUCUCAAUGGAUAACAGAUACAGAAAUGAGAAUGACAGUAAAAUGGUGGAUAUAAUUACAAAUCUGUGGACUGAUUUUGCUUCUUUUGGGAACCCGAAUGCUCAAAAGAGGUUCAGAGAUGAAUGGGAGAAUGUUGCAUCCCAUGAGGUUGAAUAUUUUAAUAUAAGUCUUGAACCACAUGCUGCAUUUGGACUGCUUCAUGAACGUGCACAGUUCUGGGCAUCCCUUCCUUUAAGAAGCCAGCAUACGCAUUCGUAUAAAUUCAGAGAUGAGUUGUAAUGUAACUGCCUUUGACAGCAUUGGAACAAAGUUAACAUUAGCACAUAGCUCAAAAUUUCUAUUUGUAUUCCACACUGUCUGUACUAGUGAGACUAAUUCCCCAGGGAUGAUACAGCAAAGUAAACUAAUUUUCUCUGUGUUCUCCCUAAUAUCAGCAGUUUAGGCUUAUUAAUAGAAAUGAUAUACAAUUAUUUAAAUCACUAGACAUUAGUUGGUGUGCAUCAUCUUCAAAUGCAGACACUUAUUUUGUGCCACAUAUUAUGUGAUUAUAGAAAGAGAGGAAAAAAAAUUAGAAUGAGUACAUUUUAGUUUGCAUACAAACUUACAGUACAAAUUAAAGUCAUUGGCCUAAUUAAAAUGUGGAAGUCAGUAUCAUUCAAAAAAAGUUCUUGUAUCAGUUAAGUUUUAUUUUAAUAACACUGUCAGUGAUUUAGAUCUACGUGACUAACUUUGCAUUUCACACUUCAGUGUUUAGUUGAGGGUUUAGAGAACAACUUUAACUAUUUCUCAACCAUAUCAGUCUCUGAUAGCACACAGGAAAUAUGAACACUUGAACCUUUCUGUGUGAUCUCUGAUGUCUUUUACUUUAUUAUUAUUGUCAUUUCUUCCUAUUGGGGUGGGGGAAGUUAGUGAUAGAAAUUUCAUGAAAAGAUAUGCGUAGCAAUAUAAUGAGCUUCAUCCUCUUGGAAGGAUUUCAUAACAAAUUAAGAUUAGCAUACUUUUCAUCCUUUACUAAAUCGUUAGGUUGAUGGUCAACUUCAUAGAACUUUUUUUUUGUAUGUUGAUAUUCCAGUUGCUAUAGGUUUAUUUAUUGAUUGUAAUUUUUUUUGUAGUUCACUGUUGCUGUUUGAGUUUACAUUUUGUCAUUUAGAGAUAGUAAGAGGAGCUGCGGAUGUUAGAAAAUAGAGUGCCUGAGCCGUGUGUCGGCUCUCAACAUAUAUAGUGCUGUAAAGAUUGUUCUGAGUCCUUCCAUUCCAUCGUUAAUUGAUUCUUUCAUAUUUAUCGUUAUGCUGCGUACGAUUCUGUUGAGAUUCCCCUCUGGCGGCGUGUCUAGUCUUUUUGAUCUUCGAGUCGUUGCUUCCUGUUAGCCUUGUGUAAGGGAAUAAGAUAUUUGGGGGGGAUGGCCAGUUGGUUGCCUAGCAGUGACAGAUUCGGUUGGUCGGUUUUUAAAAUCUGGAAUUAGAGAAUGUCGUAUGAGGAGACCGCAGCGUGGCAUGGCAGUGGAGAGUUGGCUGUUGUUCCGAGAAGCCGCAUGGUCCAUCCUGGCGGUGCGAGACAAGUGGGAUGAGUUGACGGGACAAGGCUGUAAGCUCUUGCUGUGAGAACCUGGGGGCCACGACUGUGGUUCCGAGUCACUACUUGGUGGGAGCGGCAACGGGUGUCUUUAAAUUUUCCAUCUGGAGGCGGGAAUGAAGGACCAGUAACUCAUCUAACCUGAUGAGUGGUAUUUCGUCACCAUGGGUGCAGAGAAGACGAGGGCUCCGGUGAGAGAGCGCGUGGCUGCAUAACUGUGUCCAGUUGGGUACGCUAGUGAUGUGUAAACGGUCGGGUGUGAGGAACCUUUGCAUCGGAGUUCACCUGCUGUUUCUCUGAUAAACUGUAAGUUAAGUUGGUUAAAGGUUUAGAUGUUAAUUGAAGAACUUUGAUUUGUGCAACCAGCGUCUUUUCUGCCUUGUGGCCUCCUGUGUUCGGGUUUCCUGACCCUAUCGCCAGUGUAUUUAUAGACAGUGAUCUUUUCCGCUUCUUAUUAGUACUGCCCGGUAGGAAGUGUAUUUUUGGGCGGGGAUUAUUGUUUUAGAUUACAUUUUUUCCACCUUGUGGCUUCCUGCGUUC